CCAACUUUCCACAUGACAUGUUUAAGACCAUAAGAUUAAAGGUCAUUUUGGUACAUUCUACAUAUCUUUAAUUUAAGACCUCAAGAUUCAAAGAUUUUCUUUACUUUCUUAAUCUCGGUGCCAAGUCAAAACCAAACAAACAAAUUGAAACGGAGGGAGUAUUACAUUGGGGAUCGGGGAAGGUGAUAGUGAGAAUUGAACACAUUUUGUGUGGUGAUUCUCAUGGGUGUCACUAAACAAGCAAAGAAAAUGUCAAACCCAAGCUCAGAUGAAAGCGGCAAGGAGCCAAACAUUGGUAAUGAUCCUCCUAAAGGUGAAGUAAAUGAUGACCUUCCUGCAGAAGAUCCAAAGAAUUCAGAAGAAGAAGAAAGCCAAGAUCCAUCUCCUGAGGAGGAGGAACUUAUGAAGAAAAAGUACGGUGGAUUAGUGAAAAAGAAACCUCCAUUGAUAUCUAAGGACCAUGAACGUGCUUUCUUCGAUUCUGCGGACUGGGCAUUAGGAAAGCAAGGGGCACAGAAGGCCAAAGCACCUGCUGAGGCACUUCGCCCAAAAUUAGAGCCCACACCACACCAGCAACUUCGUACUCGCCUCUCAGCUUCUUCUCUGACAGAGGCUGGUGAAGCAGAUGGUAGCAACAACGGCCUUGACCAGCUAGAUGAGCAGAGUGGAACACCAGCAGCGGAUGGUGAGAAUAAAUAAUUCUUAGAAUCAGAAGCAUCAGGGCCAACACAUUCUUGAACAGCCUCAUGGAAGAUUCUUGCUGAAUUAACUGAAGGUGGUGUUGUAAAUCAUGCUAGCUACUUAUAGAGGUAUAAAGAAAAGAGAGAAUAAAUGUUCAUGUGGAAAAAAUUUUGUACUGAGAUUAGAUUUGUGGUCCUAUACUGAGUUGAUUUGCUUGCAUAAAAUUCAGAAAACUGCCUGCAACUUCUUGUUCAUCUGCCAUAUGGCUGUGCUAUUCCAUCAUGAUGUAAUAUACUUCUUUGGUGGUAAAAGUUCUAAAUGACCCAUGGAAUGAAAUGUUAGACGUACACUUUUUUGCAAUAUUAAUGGCUUUCCCUUUUGGUUCA